CGCGGCGUUCCCACGCCGACGCUCUCCGGGGUUUGCGGGCUUCGGGCGGCUUCGCUCUUGGCGUCAGCAAGCGAGGAAGGCAAUGGCAGCCCAGAAGAUAAACGAGGGCCUGGAGCAUCUGGCGAAGGCGGAGAAGUACCUGAAAACUGGUUUUUUAAAAUGGAAGCCUGACUAUGACAGUGCUGCUUCUGAAUAUGGAAAAGCAGCUGUUGCUUUUAAAAACGCCAAACAAUUUGAGCAAGCAAAAGAUGCCUGCCUACGGGAAGCUGUUGCCCAUGAAAAUAACAGGGCUCUUUUUCAUGCUGCCAAAGCUUAUGAGCAAGCUGGGAUGAUGUUGAAGGAGAUGCAGAAGCUGCCUGAGGCCGUCCAGCUGAUCGAGAAAGCCAGCAUGAUGUACCUGGAGAAUGGCACCCCUGAUACAGCAGCUAUGGCCUUGGAGCGAGCUGGAAAGCUCAUAGAAAAUAUAGAUCCAGAGAAGGCUGUACAGUUGUAUCAGCAGACAGCCAGUGUGUUCGAGAAUGAGGAACGCCUCCGGCAGGCAGUUGAACUACUAGGGAAGGCCUCCAGACUGCUAGUGCGAGGACGAAGGUUCGAUGAGGCUGCACUCUCUAUUCAGAAAGAAAAAAAUAUUUAUAAGGAAAUUGAGAAUUACCCAACUUGUUAUAAGAAAACAAUUGCUCAGGUCUUGGUUCAUCUACACAGAAAUGAUUAUGUGGCUGCGGAGAGGUGUGUCAGGGAGAGCUACAGCAUACCAGGGUUUAAUGGCAGUGAGGACUGCGCUGCACUUGAACAGCUCCUGGAAGGAUAUGACCAGCAAGACCAAGAUCAAGUGUCUGAGGUCUGCAACUCACCCCUCUUCAAGUACAUGGACAAUGACUAUGCUAAGCUGGGCCUAAGCUUAGUGGUCCCAGGAGGGGGAAUCAAGAAGAAGUCUCCAGCCACACCCCAGGCCAAGCCUGAUGGAGCUGCCAGCACAGCGGCUGAGGAGGAAGAAGACGAGUAUUCAGGAGGCCUAUGCUAGUACCCAGUCUUCAGAGAGAUGAGAAGAUGGGAAAUCCUGACAAGCCGUGUUCAUGGGAUUAAGACUCACCUGCGGGCAUCUCUGCUUCACGGAGAUUCUGAUGUUGAGUGUUAAUAUAUGUGAAGUUUAGUUUGCCACUUCACCAGCUCAGCCAUUGGAGCUCCUACCUGAAAGCUUUGUUCUUUCCAUUGUAAGAGUGAAACUGAGCAGAAAAUACAGUCAUAUUUUAAUAAUUCAUUUUCGAAUGUAUAGACAAAUUCUAGAAAUGUCAUAAGCAAGGCAGGAAAUAGGCAUACAUAACUCUUUUCUCUUGGAUUCUUGUAAUUUAUUGUUAAAUAAUUUUCAUUGCAUUUUAUUUAAUGUUACUUCUAAAUGUGACUUUUUUUUUUUUUCUGGUGAAAAUAAUUAUUUCAAAACUGGUCUGGUUUUUCCCACCAGCUUUCCGUGUUGUCACAUGGUACCCAUGCAUGUUCUGGCGAAGGUUCUCCAAAGCAUCUGCAAUGCCCAGAAGAGAGGCAGACAGCAGGUCCUCAGCAGUGGUACUGCAGAGUUGUCAUCUGGUCUCUGACUGUGGUGAUGGUGCAUGGUUACACCUUACACAUAAUUACACCUCACACGGCUGAUGAGAUCAUUGAUGAUCACAGAGCUGGGAACGUAGUUGUCACCCUCACAGGCGGGUUAACCGGGUGUGGAGUGUCAGCCCCAGAUCAGAUGUGCUCCUAAAGACCUAGAAAUGGCACAGUUAUCUUCCCAUCCUGUCAGUUUGGGUGCCUUGUACCAACAGCCUCAGCUGGCAUCGUGGACCAUGAAGAAGCAGGACAAAAACAUGGAGGGAAAAACCUGGGAUUCUCUUUCUAGGGGUCUAAAACAUAAGUAUAAAAAAAAAUGCUUCAGUGGAGAGAGGGCCUGUCUCAAUUUGAAAAGGAAAUUUAACCAUCACCAUAUUAGAUACAUUUAAAUUAUUGAAUCUUUUCAGAGACAAGCUUGGGACAAAAGCUUUAAAAUAUUUAACUCAAUAUGUGACUACAAAAUGUAAAAGGUAACAUUAUCAUCAGCCCUCCCCAAAGUAUUGGUGUUUCUUUUUUUCUUAACAAUAAAAACGGUGGCUGUGUUCAAGCAUACUUCGCUCUUUACCAAAAAUGGGACUAAUUAAGACCAUUUACAUAUGUCCAGAAUGACAAGUAAUGUUCUGUCAAUCUAGUAUGCAUGCAUUUCUUACAUCCAAAAUAAUUUUGAUUUGGAGUUCAUAAUUUAAUGUGAGUUGUGCUAUAUACUACAAAAAGUCAGAAGCCAAAAGGGAAAAAAAAUGCUUUUGAAAAACAUACAUUUAGGACUGGGUUACUAAUCUUUUCAUACCUCAAAGACUUUCCAUGGUUAUUUCCUAAUAGUUUUGAAGCAUUCCUCUUUUUGCCCUGUAUGGUUUCGGCCCAUCUCAUAAUUCGUGUGAACUGAAGAGAUUGUAAACAGCAGCAGUGUGCACUAGGUAGCAGGGCUGACUGGAAUAAUUCCUGUCACCAUGCUCCAUCACUGUCUCUUUAUAACAUACCUUAUUUGAAUAUAGUAUGCUUAGUUUUGCUAGAUUUCCAAAAUCUAGGAAAAGCAUUUUUAUGCUGCUCGUCCUCAUGGGAGAUCUUAAACAGACUAGCAUCUUCCAGGUGUGCGUGAGUGGGUGGGUGUCACUGUACAGGCCCUGCACAGAUUACAGGUCUGAUGCAAAACACUAGUCAAAAGUUUUAUAUUUUCCCCUAAGUUACCUGCAUAGUUGUUUGGGUUACCAGCUCAUUGUCUUUCAUUGCGUUGAGAUGAUGAAUAAAGCUGUUAUUUUUAUUUAAAGAGAAAAUUGGUAUUUCAAAGAUGGCAUCAAUGUUGUAUUUACCUUUAGAUCUGACCAGAAACAUUAGUGCUUAUUGGAGCAAAUUUGCACUUUUUAAAAAUAGAUUUGGCAGUACUCAAAAGUUACUUUAGACUAUUGUAUGGCACAUGUUAUUCAAUAAAACCUUGAAGGAGGUUAGUUUUACUCAUGUAUACACCGUAAACAAAAAACAAAACAAAAAUCAUGGGUGCAUUGUAGAGCAUCAUUGCAGCUCAGUUUUAAAACAACAGGGGUUUGCACAGUUGUACACCUCCUGCCCUUAAUUAAGAACUUUGAGCUCAUUUUUAUGUCGGUUCCUCUGUGUGGAGUCUCAGAAGGAGCAUUUGUUCCACAUGUACACAUUUUAUUUUUCUACCUGCAUUAAGUCUUUGUUCUUAGACAUGGAAAACUUAGUGUUUACAACAAGAAGAAUUGUUUUCCAGAACGCUAGCACCCUCCCUAGGAAAGUGGAAGUCUGCAUGAAUAUGCUAGAAUCAUCUAGUGUUUAGUUAUUAUAUAGUAAGUGAAGUCAGUCUACAGAACACAUUUAAUAUAUUGAAUUUGUAAAUAUGCAGAGUAUGGUAUUUGUGUAUGGAAUCUGUGCAUUAUCAUAUUUUUCCAGCUUUUUGGUGAGUAAAAUAUUAAUAUGUUGUUAAUGGAAAUUAGAUGAUUGCUUCUGAAGGAAGAUAAUUAUGAAAAUAAAACCCAAGAUUAUAUGAA